GUCUUCGUCCUCCUCGCUCUGCUGGGCGCCGCGCGCGCCGGCGGCCCCGCGGCCUACAGCACCUACUCCGCCUCCGGCGACUUCGCGUCGGUGGGCUCGUCGCAGGAGACGACGCUGAAGGGCCUGGGCGGCCAGAGCGGGCUGUCGCAGUACUCCAAGGCCGUGGACAGCGCGCACUCCAGCGUGCGCAUCUCCAGCUCGCGCGCCACCAACGACUUCGGCUACGGCGCGUACGGCGGCCUGCCCGCGGCCGGCGGCCUCUACGGGCCACUCUGGCCGCGCCGAUCGCCGCCGUCCGCUCUGCGUCGCCGGCCGCGCCUCUCGCCUACCGACGCCAGCCUAGCGUACGGCGCCCGGCUACGCGCCCCCGCCAUCGCCGCCGCCCCCGCCAUCGGCUACGCGCGCACCGCCAUCGCCGCCCCCGCCAUCGCUGCCGCCCCCGCCGCCAUCGGCUACGGCGCGCACAUUCCAUUACAUAAUUAUGUAUUUAUCACGCACUUCUAA